UUUCUUCCUCCUCCUGAUUCACUCCUCUGGCUGAUGUGCAAGAUCUCGCAGAAGCCAGGGACUUGCGUUCUGGCCUUGGCAAAAGUACUUAGGAAGAAGCAAGGGCUUCCCGGCUGGGAGGAGGGAGGAGAGCUGAAGACCCCGCCUUUGGCUCAGCUAAGCAAAGUGGGCAGCUCAGUGCUUGAAAGAGGAUUGUGCUCGCACUAGACAUCAGUAAGUGAGUGACUGUAUGAGUGCCCCUGGGUCAUGGGGUAGACUUGAAAAUGAUGCUUGGUUCUAGGAGAAAGCUGCAAGGCUGCUGUCUGUGCGCUUUCUGUGUCCCGUGGAGACUAGAGGCUUAGGCACAAGAAUCAGAACUCCAAAUGCCUCCUCCCAAUCCUGGAAAAUGGCAACUUCUACUGAGAGUAGUUAGGACAUACUCUCCUUUCCUGACCCCUCUUCCCAGGAAAAUGUGCUACUAAAUCAGACAGAGUUGGGAUUAAGUGGGGAAAGUGAAAUGUAAUAUUAAUAGAUAUUGCAAUUUGUGAUUAUGUUCUGUGUGUGCUGGCAUUGUUAUAUCUAUUAGCAGAAAUUGUCAGCAAAGUCAGAGGCAGGGGCUUAAAUGGGGAAAUUGAGAGUUUCUAUGACCAAGAGGCUGAGUAGUUCAUAUGUAAGGGAUUAAAUACAAAAUUUAUUUAAUAAAUAAUAGAUGGGUUUUUAAAAAUCAUUAAAGAGGAACAGCAGCCAGGAAGCAUAAAAGUGCAUGAUAAAAAUUAGGAAAAGAAAAUUUCACAUCCAUGGCUUUUUGAAGUAGCCAAAAAUUUCAGGAUGUUUACAAAGUCGCGACAGUGAUGCAGGAAUACUUCAAUUAUUGUUGUACAUUAUUAAUAAUGUUGCCGGGCAAGAUCUGUGGUUCUCUGGUCAGCAAGUUCUGGCAAUGAAGCCACUGCCGCUGGUGCAAAGAAUUCUGGGAUGUCUGACAGUGAAAUGGAUGGAAGGACUCACAUUCCAUCUCUACUUAAUGCCCUUUUGUCCAGAAAUCGGGUCAUGCAGAUGAGCUACUUGAAAAGUAAAGAACAAGGCUAUGGAAAGCUAAGCAGUGAUGAAGACCUGGAAAUAAUUGUUGAGCAGAAGCAGGUAGUAGGUGUAACCUUGAAGAAAAAAUGGCACUGUCUUCAAAAAAGUGACCUGACCCUGGCUUUGGGAAAAGGCUCUAGGGCUGCAGAUAAGGCUGUUGCCAUGGUGAUGAAGGAGAUACCGAGGGAGGAGUCUGCAGAAGAAAAGCCCCUCCUUACUGUGACAUCACAGCUGGUGAAUGAGCAGCAGGAAAGCAGACCUCUCCUGAGCCCCUCCAUAGAUGACUUCCUCUGUGAAACCAAAUCCGAGGCCAUUGCAAAGCCAGUAACAUCCAACACAGCCGUGUUGACCACUGGCUUGGAUCUCCUUGACCUGAGUGAACCUGUCUCUCAAACCCAAACCAAAGCCAAGAAAUCUGAGUCCUCGUCAAAGACCUCAUCCCUCAAGAAGAAAGCUGAUGGCCCUGACCUCAUCAGUGCAGAGGCUGAGCAGAGGGCCCAGGCUCUCCGGGGCCCAGAGACGGCAUCUUUAGACUUGGUAGACAUUCAAACACAACUGGAAAAAUGGGAAGAUGUCAAGUUUCACGGUGACCGAACAAGCAAGGGGCAUCUCAUGGCUGAAAGGAAGUCAUGCUCAUCUAGAGCCGGGUCCAAAGAGCUCCUAUGGUCCUCAGAACACAGAUCUCAGCCAGAGCUGAGUGCCGGAAAAAGUGCCCUCAACUCCGAGUCGGCUUCCGAGUUGGAACUUGUGGCUCCAGCACAGGCUCGGCUCACCAAAGAGCAUCGCUGGGGGAGCGCUCUGCUCUCCAGGAACCAUUCCUUAGAAGAGGAGUUUGAGAGAGCAAAAGCAGCAGUAGAGUCAGAUACGGAGUUCUGGGACAAGAUGCAGGCGGAGUGGGAAGAAAUGGCCCGGAGGAACUGGAUAUCUGAGAACCAAGAAGCCCAGAACCAAGUCACCAUGGUCUCUGCCAGUGAGAAGGGAUAUUACUUUCACACUGAAAAUCCCUUCAAGGACUGGCCUGGAGCAUUUGAAGAAGGCUUAAAAAGGCUGAAGGAAGGGGAUCUGCCUGUCACCAUCCUGUUCAUGGAAGCAGCAAUUCUCCAGGACCCUGGAGAUGCUGAGGCAUGGCAGUUUCUUGGGAUAACCCAGGCCGAGAAUGAAAACGAACAAGCAGCCAUUGUCGCCCUCCAGAGGUGCCUGGAGCUGCAGCCCAACAACUUGAAAGCUCUGAUGGCCUUGGCUGUGAGUUACACCAACACCGGCCAUCAGCAGGAUGCCUGUGAGGCUCUGAAGAACUGGAUUAAGCAGAACCCAAAGUACAAAUACCUUGUAAAGAACAAGAAGGGCUCUCCGGGUCUCACUCGGCGGAUGUCGAAGUCCCCAGUUGACAGCUCUGUCCUGGAAGGAGUGAAGGAAUUAUACCUGGAAGCUGCCCACCAAAAUGGCGAUAUGAUAGACCCAGACCUGCAGACGGGCCUUGGAGUUCUAUUCCAUCUGAGCGGGGAGUUCAACAGAGCAAUCGAUGCAUUUAAUGCUGCCUUAACUGUUCGGCCAGAGGAUUACUCAUUGUGGAACCGGCUUGGGGCCACGCUGGCAAAUGGUGACCGCAGUGAGGAAGCUGUGGAGGCCUACACGAGAGCACUGGAGAUCCAGCCAGGCUUCAUCCGGUCCAGAUACAACCUGGGGAUUAGCUGCAUCAACCUGGGUGCCUACAGAGAAGCGGUCAGCAAUUUUCUCACUGCCCUCAGUUUGCAAAGAAAGAGCCGGAACCAGCAGCAAGUCCCUCACCCUGCCAUCUCGGGGAACAUCUGGGCUGCCCUCAGAAUUGCACUGUCGCUGAUGAACCAGCCAGAACUCUUCCAGGCAGCCAACCUUGGUGACUUGGAUGUCCUCCUAAGAGCUUUCAACUUGGAUCCUUAAAGGAAAAGAAAGAAAUACAGAAUAAUCCCUCAUCUGUUAUUAUACUAAAAAGGGACAAAACUAUUUUAUUAUGAAUUUCAAAAAAAAGAUUUUUUUUUAAGGAUAAAGCAAAGAGUCAAAAGGCCGUGGCCAUAUAACCCAAGGGAAUUGAUUACUAUAAGACAAUACCUGGCCUCUGUUCAGAUCCAAAAGCACAAAGCAAGAUCAGGUUCAAGAGAAGAACUAAGAUUCUCAAGACACCAAGAGAAGGUAACUGUGUAUACUCUUCCAGGUUACAAGUGGACUUUGAAUUAGUCUGUCCCCCGUCACAGCUGCUGGCACAUCUGAAGAGCUGUUCAUGGGACAUAGCAAGACAGUUUAUCUGCGGUCAGUGAACUCAGGCUGUCUGUCUGUCUACUGAACAUAGUUUGGGCCGUUGGCGCAUGCACACACACAACCUGACUAAGGGCAGGCAUUGCUUCCCCCUCCCGUUUUAACUUUUACUGUAAGCCUUUGUUUCCAGAGAGAGAGCUUUGCUGGCAAAAGCAGUUUUUGCACUAGACAUUUUUGCUGUUCCCAAUGAAAUCCUGUCUAGGAUUGUACAUAAGCACUUUAUUAGCGUAUUUAUGCCUUGCUGGGCUUCGGGUUUGCUGCUCCAGUCCCUAACUUGGGGGGCGCGGGCUGGAAGAUUUGAGACAGAUUUGUUAGUUCAAUGGACCAAAUAAAAAAUUCUGAGAAGAGUUUUUCUUAGCUUAGGGUUUUGAAGGCGCAUUGGCAUAGAAUGUAAAUAUGUUAAACCCAGUUUUCUUUGUGUGCUUUCUGGGAUUCUGUGGCUCUCAGUGGGAAGCGAGAUUCUGACUCUGCAUUCUCCCUGCAGAAGGAAGUUGGGCAAUUCUGCAAUUUCUAAUGAGUUUGUGUUAACUAGUUUUCAUAUCCUGUUCUCCGGCUUUCUAACUGCCCUGCACAAUGAUACUCCUUUUAAACUGUUACUAUUUUAAAUGGUAUUUCCUAAGUGUGAUAAAUACAUUUUUCCUAACGUUAAUGUGUUUCCUCAGUUCCAUAAUAGCCCACACUGUCCACCUCCUCCAGUGGUGAGGGACAGAAGGUCGUGUUUGUGACCAAGCUGCACUGAGUGGCAGAGUUCUCCUCGGAAAGAGGCACCUUGGGCUCUAAUAUAAACACUCAGCAAGAACCAGGUCUUCUCCAUUGGCAGAGACAUCUUAAAUGUUGACCUUCCACAUAUUUCUUCAGAUUUUUUGUGGGCGUUUGGGGGUUGGUAAUUAUUUCAAAAAAUGCAUUUAUAAAGAAUUAGAAAAUUAUUGGCAGAACACUAACCAAAAUACCAUGCUGCUCAGCUCUAAUUCUAGUAAAUUCUCUGUUCUUCUUCACCUUGUACCCUUCCUGCCUUCAGAAUCUUCCUGAAAGUAGUUAGGUCCCAACUUUUUCAUGUUCUUGGCUUACUAACAGUUCCCUCCACUAACAAUUGUAGUUACCAAAAACCAUAUUUUGGGUCCAAGCAGAUUAAUUGACUAUGGAAUUAUCUAUUCCUGAUUGAAAAUGUGCCCAGAGGCUGACUGAACCCCUCCAUUGCUGUGGAGUCCCCUGGGUUAUGAGAGGGACCCGAAGUUCACAAGUGACCACAAGUACUUGAGGCUUAUCUAUUGCACGAGCUUUCUGACUUAUAAGGACAAGGUGAUGAGGUUACUGUGGUGGCGUCAGGCUUUGCUGCUCAUUGUCAAUGUUCCCUGUGAUGGAACAGUGGUCCCAGCUCAGCAGCAGGACACAGAGACAUUAAGGCAUCCACUCCUGGGCACAGUAACAACUCACACUACCCUUUAAUGGCUGAGCCAUCCCUCUGUCCCUGGUCCAUGCUUUCUAUUAGUCUCAGCAGCAAAGCAAUGCUCAAAUAUAUUUAGAAGGGCAGAUUUUCUAGACCAGUAGUUCUCAACUUGUGGGUCGCGACUCCUUUGGCAAACUUCUAUCUCCAAAAAUAUUUACAUUAUGAUUCAUAACAGUAGCAAAAUUACAGUCAUGAAGUAGCAAUGUAAAUAAUUUUAUGGUUGGGGACUACCACAGCAUGAAGAAUUGCAUUAAAGGGUUACAGCAUCAGGAAGGUUGAGAACCACUGCUCUAGACGGUUAGAAACAGACUGGGAAGACCUGUUCAGGACAGACUGUAGGCCAUGGCAUUGCCUGCUUGAACGUUGCUGAUAGUGUAGUGACCAUUCCUUCCUUCUUCCUCACUCCAAGUGUCACCUGCUGGCCACCUUAUUUGAAUCAAUCAGAGAUCUUUCCAAGCCUGUAAACAAAGGGUUCAAAAGCAACCUUCAUGGCCAUUAUAUUCAUAAUGCUCUCCCAGGCCCUCAGCAGCACCAGAUCUUUCCAGGAUAAUGACCCACCACACCCUCAGCCCUGUUGCCAUUUCACACAGGAGCUCAGUCUCAGCCUGACUAGCACAAACGUGGGAAGUUUUAUUUCAUUUGAUUGUUGCUAAGUGGUGUCACAUAUUGUGACCCAAGUUUAUUUUACCGGAAUACCAAGUAGCUUCAAACUCUUAGGGGACAGUUGGCAAUUUUCCACUUCACCAUUAUGUAAAUUUUGUAGGACAUUUAGUGGAACUUUCUCUACUCCCUCAGUUCUGUCCAUCACAAUUAAGAUUUUUUCAUAGGCUGCCACUUAUCGGGAAGUUCAAAAUUAUUGCCUAAGAGGGAAAGAGUUGGAAUUUUCAAUGUUAUCAUAAUGAUAGUAAGUAAAAACCAGUAACUAAAAAGUAAAACUUUGAAUAUAGAGAGCCAUAGCAGACAUUAAGCAGUGAGAAUUUAGUGUCUUUCUCAUGGCAUCUGCAUCUUUUUGUUGUAUGCUUUUUAAAUGCAGAACUGUUGGGGGCUUUUCAUCUUCAUGGCAAGAAAUUGCCUUUUCUCUUUUGGUUUGAAAGACUAGGGCAUUCUUCUAAGGCCCUCAGGAAAAUCUUAAGGAUGGGACUCAACCAUACAAUGGCCACUUAGUAUCUCCCAGGGACUGAUUUUGCCAGUAAAUUGGAUGAAAAUGCAGAGAAAACCAUUAAUCACUGCUGAAUUUCAAAAUGUUACAAGUUUUGAUAGAACAUCUGUAUGCAAAGAAGAGGCAGAAUAAAGAGAGCCUGGGAUGUAGCUCAGUGAGUACAGCACACCCCAGAACCACAUAAACCGACCAUGGCAGUGUACAGCUGUAAUCCCAGCACUUGGGAAAUGGAAGCAGGAAGAUCAGGAGUUUAAGGUCAUCCUGGACUCUAGAUGAGGAGGAAAGGACCUUCUAACCAAGUCAGUCCCAGUGAUUCUUUAUUCUCUGCACUUCAUCCUGACAUCCCUCCCUCCAACCCACCAGAAACUUUAAUAACUAACAAUGAAGUGCACUUCCUCAGCCAGUCUGAUGUCUGCCAGAAUAGGGUAGGAACGUCCAGAAUACACUCAUUCUCAGAUGUACAUGCCGUUUUUAUUUAUAUUGAGAGGUCAUGCUGACUCUUAGAUCAAUAUCCAAAUUCUUUUUUAGAUAAAUGCUCUGGCGUAUUCUUGCCAUGUGGGCAAGGCUUGACUACAAUUGUAGCUCAUCUCACAGUUCCAAACCUCUCACCAUAAAGUCUACCUGUGCACUCCUGGCGGGACCAGAGGAAAGAGGAUGUCACUGUGUCCUCUGAACUGCUUCCACAAGGUUGAUUGCACUUACCUUACUGUUGUGACGGUGGUAGUGAUUUUUUUUUCCUGUCCUGACAUGCUUCUAGAAGCAGUUUAGAAAGCAGGUAUUUGGAAGGUUUAAUUCAUGUGCCAUCUUUCUGAGACCUCUUGUUUUAAAAAAGAAGACACAGGCAACACCCAUGACUUCAACCUUGUAACAUAGCUUCAAACUGGUUCCCUAUGCAAAUGUUUCUGCACAAUGCCCUUCUCAUUUCACUAUUUAUAGGACUGGCUGAAUUAUGCUGUUUUGAACUAAGAAGUAGAUACAUAUAUUUUUAAAGAGUGUUCAUAGACCAACUCUGGCAUAAAGUUUGUAAAAAGGCAAUUUUUAAAAAGCAAAAACAUAUAACCUCAGGUACAAAACUAUUGCAUGUAUCAGUACUUAAAAUCUGCCUAUGACUAUUAACCAAAGCAUGCAAGAUACUUUCACUGAAUGUAAACUGGCCCACUUACCCCAUGCAUGACUGGUGUCAUAGGCUAGCUUGUGUUUCCACUCUUCUCAACAAGCAAGCACUCCCUAAUGUUCCAGUGUUUUCUAUUGCUUUGCCCAUCUCAUCCUGUAGACUGUUGUCCUGCUAUCACAUUGGCAUUGACCGAUGCUCACAGGUUGGUUCAUACAUUGUGACUGACAGUCUCAGGCCAAUCUUCUGAGGGACCCAGGUACAGACUUGGGUCCUUUAAAACCCACAUGAAGCUUGAUAGAGCUAAAAAUGUCUUUGCACAAGAAGCUUUGAACUCUAAAUUCUUAAAAACGUAGUUCAAGUUUUCUUUUCAGAAAGUUUAGGAAAACAGUAGAAAACACUGGAAUUCUAAAUUAUGUGGGGAGGUCAGAGUGAUGUCAUACAUACAGAGAUUGCCCUGAGGCAAAGUGGAUGUGGGGCCUUAGUUCCCCAUCGGGAUAGUAUGUCACAGAGUAGAGUGUAUGUAGGUUACUGUUCUAUUUGCAAAGUCAAGGUCCCUUUCCCUUCAGAAACUAGAUUUGAUCAACCUGACCAAAAACACUCCAAUUCAGGGGUAGGAGAUGAUUUUAUGGCCAAUGUCUUCUCUCUGUCUUCUCCUAAAACCCCAGUCUUAUGAAAAUGCCAGGAAAGGAGAGAUUAUAGCUCAGUUCAGGGGCUGGGGCUGGGGACAUAGCCGCAUUGACAGUGCUUGUUUCCCAUGCCCAAAGCUCUGGGUUUGAUCCUGCAAAGCAUUCAACUGGGCAUGGUGGCACACAUCUGUAAUCCUAGCAAGGAAGGUCAGGAAUUCAAGGUCAUCCUUGGCCAUACAGAGUUCAAGACCAUCCUGUGCAAGACACUGUCUCAAAAAAAAUUAAAAAGACCUUUAUUUAGGUCAUAUGUGAAAAACAACUUUUUUACCCUUUCAUAACAUCCCAUGCCCUCCCACACACAAGCCCAGAGUCUAAAUUACUCUUCCCUGACACAGAAAAAGACCAUAGUGUGGAGACAGUAGAAACUUAAGAGGAACUCAAAGUGUGAGGCCUGAUAGUUUCUCACACUGCACACAGCUGCUGAAAUUGCUACAGAAAUACCAAAUAAAAUGGUCUGGAGACCAGCGCCCGAACCUCAGGACCUCCUGAGCUAUAGAAAGGGUAGCUGAGUAUCCCUCAGCAAGACAUAGGGACAGUCCCAGAAAAACUUCACUGAAAAUGAUAAUAAGGUGAAAAACACAAGGAAGCCACUGGUGGCUUAACUGUACAAUGUGCAUCUUUGAAGUUGGCUUUGGUUUGUCUUUGAAUUGAUGGGAGAGGGAAAUGACUUGCACACAGUGAGUAAACUGGAUAUCUGCCAUCUUCACUGAGACACGUGACAUUCUCUCAUAGGGAUUCCACAAGGAUUGCGCCAUGUGAUCAGGGAGUUCAUGUUACCAUCAGUGAAAGGAUGUCACAAGCCCAAUUGACCAGUCUUUCUUUCUUUCCCCCACACAGCAUCUGGCCCAAGUCCUCCUCAACUUUCUUUACCCAAAUUUGUUUACAUCAGUUGAAAAGAACUGAUUAAUUCAGUAAACUUUUUACAACCUAUAAGAAGCAUUUAUGAACUAUUUAGAAAUAUUUCUAUCUAUUUUGUAUAUCUAUGAAUCCUGCAUAUUUAGUCUAACCUAAAAUUGUGUUUUAAGGAAAGUACCACGAGGCUUCCUUAUUGUGCUCAAUAGCUUUAAAAUCUGGGGUUUCAUGAGAUUUCAAGCUGAUGUAGGUAACAGAAAAACUUAACUUUAAAUGUUUACACUGAAUUUCUAAACUAAUACCAACCCCAAAUUAAGUGAUCUAUCGUCAAUUAAUGGCAAUGGGGAUUUGAAUAUUAUUGGCAUACUAUGAGAUACUAUUUCUGUGGCCUAGUGAAUAACACGCAGCCUACUCUGCCAUGUAGUAAGCCUUCGUCAUAGUCUUUCUCUGCAUUGCCUUUUGAAAUAAAACUACUAUCAAAAUAACCACUUAUCCUACAGAUGUGUUAAUUCACUCUGAUGACUUAUAAUUUGCAAAAUACCAAGCUUGAGGUAGUGUGUUUAUACUUUGUUGAAGGCACGCCUUCCUUUUUCACAUUAUUAACCUGUAUUUACAUUUAUGCAGUUUUAAACUAUGUUUCCAAAUAAACUUUGUCUGUGGCUUCAUGGUCUUUUCAGGACUCUCUCAAGAUGGGAUUUGGGGUCAGAACCACUUGCAGCCAAGUAGAAACCAGUUACUACCGCUUUAAGAGAAGUCCUUCCAUUGAGUAUCACUACAUACAAUUUUGCAUGAGUUAUCUGGAAAGCAGGAAUGCAUUUGUAGAUGAACAACAAACCCUGAAAACUGUUUCCUUUGUUAAUUUUUUAAGACUAAAAUAUUAACCUAAAACUGAAAUUUGUGAUCUUUUUAAAAUAAAAGCAUUAAAACAUGUGUCA